GGACGAAGCGUUUGGCUUAAAGCCUUAUUUAAUGAGACCAUUCCCAUACAAGCAAUCAAAACAUGAUCUACGAAAAGAAAAAUAUAACUACAGACUUUGUCGAGCCAGACGAGUUGUGGAAAAUGCUUUUGGCAUUUUGGCUCAAAAGUUUCGCAUAUUUUUUCGUCCUAUUGAAACCAAAAUUAGCACUACGAUACUUACAAUAAAAACAGCGUGUGUUUUGCACAAUUAUUUAAUUGAAAAAAAAAGCGACUCCCACCUAUUCCACAACUUACAAUCACCAGAGCCUCGAACUCAACCUUUUAUUGGUAUGAGUACUGAUUCACGCCGUGCAUCUAAUUUGGCAUUUUCUACUCGUGAACUUUUUGUAACGUAUUUUAAUAAUCAACAUGAGCCUACUGCUGGAACCGUUGGGAGCGAACGAGCUCAAAAUACCACUGAACCUGUAUUUGAAUAACAUGCACGUUUAUAAAAUAAAUACAAAAAUGUUUAUAAAAACAAAUAAAUUUUAUUAAAUAAAC